AUGUGCAGCAAGGAUUCAGAAAGUAAAUGCGGUUCACCCCUGCAAAGUCAAUCAACUGAACUGGAGUAUGGGGCAAAUGAAGACAGAUCACAGAAAUACUCCAGGUGUGAAAGCAGCCUUAGAACAGACAGUCAGGAGUCUGAGACUGACAGCUGGAUGAGUGAGGAAGAUGAAGUGGCCCGGAGGAUUUCCGUUCUAACCAGAGGCAGAACACUUGUUUCUGAAGACGAGCUGACUCAGCUGACUCACAUUAUGCCAUCGCUGACUGGGGUAGAUCUGAGGUCUCGUCUCAGAGUUCUGAUCCAGAACCUUCGGAGGCAGAUUGAAGAGCAAGAGAUCCUGAAAGAGUUUGUGGCUUUAGAACACAUGAAACCGCUCGAUGGCUGCCGAGUUGGGAAAGCGCCAGAAAACCGGGAGAAAAACAGAUACCGAGAUAUCCUUCCAUAUGAUGCGACACGGGUUCCUCUUGGAGCAACCAGGGGCUAUAUUAAUGCAAGUUACAUCCGAACGCAUAUUGGAGAAGAGGAACAUUUCUAUAUUUCAACACAAGGGCCUCUGCCUUGCACUGUGGCUGAUUUCUGGCAAAUGAUUUGGGAGAAUGAGUCAGAUGUGAUUGCCAUGAUGACGAAAGAAGUGGAGCUUGGAAAAGUCAAGUGUCACAGAUACUGGCCUGAACCUCCACAGGACUCGCUAGACCUCAGUGAAUUCCAUCUGAGGCUGGACAACUGCCAGAUCUUGGAAUAUUUUAUCAUCCGAAUAAUAGAAAUAAUUAACAAGCAGACAGGAGAGAGACGCUUCGUAAAACACUUGCAGUUUACCACUUGGCCAGAUCACGGUACUCCCAGACUGAUAGAGCAUCUCGUCAAAUUCAUUCGCUACAUGAGAAAAAUUCACCAGACGGGCCCCAUAACGGCCCACUGCAGCGCUGGGAUUGGAAGGAGCGGGGUUCUGCUUUGUAUUGAUAUUUUGCUGAGCUGCAUUGAAAAAGAUCUAUGUUUCAACAUCAAGCAGAUAGUGAGAGAGCUGAGGCAUCAGCGAUUUGGCAUGAUUCAGACCAAGGACCAGUACCUAUUCUGCUACGAAGUAGUGCUGCAAGUGCUGCAGAACAUUGAAACCAUGGAAUCCCGUCUCCUCCAAUAA